UUUUCCUUGUGAAAUUAGCUGUAUUUCAUUAUGUGUAGUGCAUUUAGUUUCCGGCAAUCUGAAGCUUUCAACAGUCGUGAAAAGUAUUGAUAGAGUUUACAAAUCAGCUGGUUUAUUAAUUUCUGUAAACAAACAAUGGACAAACUAACAACAGAAGAUAAUACAACUGUUUCAAAAAUAAAAGUGUUGGCUAUCGGAGAUCCCGAUGAAGACCUGCCCAAGGAACCGGAAACAUCAAAAUACUUGUAUCAACAAAAUCUCCAAGCCGAUUUUAGGAAACAUUUGGGUUAUCUCUUGCUGGGUACUCGCAGUCCCAUCGAAGUAGUCGAAGAUUGGAAUACGGUGCGAAGAUUCGAAGCGAAGAGUGUCAAGGAGGAUAAAAAGCCAAGACAAUAUUCCUUUUACUUUACAAAGCCAGGAAAGUGGGUGCCGGGGACCAUGAUAAGUGGACCUGUGUUGCAUGGUGCUGCAGUUCUGGAGGAAGUUAAAAAGCGAUUAAGUGAGGAGAAUUGGAUAUCGGAGAAUGUGAUACAAACGCCGCUUAAGACAAAAGAGAGUAAAGAAUAUUAUAACAGUGAUAUGUUUAUCCAGAAAGUAGUAUCAGAUGCAAUAGAUACAGAUGGAACUAGACUGUUUAAAUAUGUGCUGAACUUGCAUAGAGCUUAUAUGAAUGAAAAUAAAAGGAGAAAAUAAAGUAGUUAAAAUUAGCAAUGUUUGUUUAUGUUUGGUUUAAGACAAAUUUCUAUAAGCUAUUAGAAAUUGCAUACAAAUUUAAGUGAUAAAAUGAGCUUCAGCUGUUGGGUAUGAAAUCAUCGGAGGUAAGCUUUUGCCAAUCACAAAGCUCUUUAUUAAGAUAUAAGUCAUGAAUCAGCUGAGCGAACUUUGCAGUUUGUUUUCAACUUUAAGAGUAAACAAAACAAAUAUAUUUUGCUCUAUUUUUAAUUAAGGAAUAACUAAUUAAGCAGCUAUCAGAAUGACGUCUAAAGUCUUGGCCAUUGAGGAUCCCGAAGAAAAUAUCAAAGCACCUGUCGUCGUAUAUGACAAACAGAAUUUUAAAAAAGAUUUUCAAAAACAUUUAGCAUUAAUCUUAGUUGGAGUUCGCACACCCAUCAAAGUUCACGAUAACUGGGAUUUACUAGAGCAAUUUGGAGUUCUUUGCGAUAGAACACCAAAUCGACCUCGUCGCUAUAAAUUCUUUUGCAAUCCAGUUAAUUACUUUCCGACUGGUUGGGUUAUUUGUGGCCACACACUCAGUGCGAAGGCCGUAAUGAUACAUGUAAAAGAACGGCUUAAGGAUGAAAAUUGGAUAUCAUACAAUGUUCUGGAGCUGCCCUUAAAAAAGAAAAUUGGACAAGAGUAUUACAAUAAUACCGAUAAUUAUAUGCGCGAAGUAGUCUCAGAGUGUUUAGAAGCAGAAAAUCGAAGACUAAUCGACCAUGUGCUAGAAUUACAUAGAGAUUUUAUUAAACAUAACAGAAAGUAAAAAAAAUUGUUUUUAUCCUUUCGUGUGUACUUUAAUCACAAGGCGUAGUUUUUGUCCGUAUUUUUCAUGUUGUGGGCCUUUUCCUUGGUGACAAUUAAUUUGCUUAGAUAAUUGCCUGCCGAUAAGAAAUGGAGAAACAGAAAAAACCAUCGAAGUGAGCUAAGCAUAGGAAGUG